AAGAAAUUUAAUCAUAUUUUUUUUUAAUUUUGUUAACAAAUUUAUAUUUUAAAAAAUAUUUUAAAAAAAAAUUAAUUAACUAUGCUUAAAAAUAUCUCGUUAAUUCUACUAUGUGCUCUCCUAAUUGCGGUUACAAUGGGUGAGGCGAAAGAGAACACUUGUGGGUUCGGUAAAUAUGGGACUAAUUGUUCUGCAGAUUGCGAUUGUAACCAAAAUAGAUCAGCCGGAAGUUGCUCUUACUUCGGGCAUUGCCAUUGUCUCGAUGGUUACUGGGGCAACAAAUGCGAAAGAAGAUGCGAUAGGAACUGCCCUUUGAAUAAGUGCAAUCUUAUAGGCGGCUGCAUAUGCGAAGAUUUUACGUAUGGGAAAUAUUGUAACAGAGUCUGUCACUGUGAUCGCAAAGUUUCGUCUGGCUGUGAUUUAUCUGGUAGAUGUUUAUGCAAAAUUAUCCCUGAAAAUGAAACUCUAAAUGGUAGUUUAUGUUCCGAAAAUAAAUUUUGUGAUGAACAUGGCCAAUGCCGUUGCAAAGGUUGGAAAUAUGGGGCUCGGUGUAAUCGAGAAUCCACUUGUGAUAGGAAUAAUUCGAUCUCACCGUUUCCCACAGGAGGUUGCAUCUGUAAAGAGGGUUAUUAUGGCGAAAAUUGUGAAUCAGAAUGUCCCACAGAUUGUCAAAAUUCUUUCUGGCACAAUAGCUGCAAGUUUAAUGGUGCCUGCAAUUGUAGGCCAAACUAUUAUGGAUUGAAAUGCCAAAACCGGUGCAACUGUACAGGGAAUAGGUACUGUGAUUUUACUGGGAGAUGCAGAUUAUCUAGAUUGGGACCACGUGAAUGAAGAGAGGCACGGUGUAAGAAAAAAAAUCAUAAAAAUAUGGAUCAAAAUAAUUUGGGAAUUUAUCAUUUUAUUAUCAUAAUUAGUUUUGUAUACUAAUAUAUUUGUUAAGUUUCAUAAUUUAC